ACCAGGGAUAUCAGAGCACCUUCUCACUACAACUCAGCUAAACUCACAUCUCCUGUCACCAUGUCCUACAGCUGCUGCUCUGGAAACUUCUCCUCCUGCUCCCUUGGGAGCUACCUGCGCUACCCAGGCUCCUCCUGUGGCUCUUCCUACCCCAGCAACCUGGUCUACAGCACUGACCUCUGCUCUCCCAGCACCUGCCAGCUGGGCUCCUCUCUCUACAGUGGCUGUGGGGAGACCUGCUGUGAGCCCACAAGAUACCAGACAUCCUGUGUGGUGUCCAGCCCCUGCCAGAGGUCCUGCUACCGUCCAAGGAUCUCCACAGUCUGCAGUCCCUGCCGGUCAACUUAUGCCAGGUCUCUGGGCUUUGGGUCCAGCAGCUGCUGCUCCCUGGGCUAUGGAUCUAGAAUUUCCUAUUCGCGGGGCUGUGGAUCCCGUGGCUUUAGACCCCUGAGUUGUGGAGUCUGUGGCUUCCCUUCCUUGGGCUAUAGAUCCAGAUUCUGCCACCCAACCUUCUUGGCUUCCAGGAGCUGCCAAACGUCUUGUUUCCGGCCAACCUGUAGAUCUGGCUUCUACUACUGAUCAACUUGCUAACGGUUCAAGACUGUGAUUUCACAGUUAUCUUCCUCACAUUCAAUCUCCGCUACUAUCUGGCUAUAGUCUAUACUCUACUACCUAGAAGAGUGAUAAUUAAAGAAAAAUUUUAUGAAUAUUAAAAUCAUUUAUCUCAUAGAA